AAUGUCUCAAUCAUUACCUAUUCAUGCUGAAUAACGCAAGUUAUUUGUUUUGUAAUAAGUCAAUGCACUUGAAACUCUCUUUUAGAAGUGGAUCAGCUCCAACAAUCUGAAUGAAGAACAUAACCUAUCCUCAUAAAUCGAAGAGUAAGUCACUUAAAGUUAAACAGCCACAUAUAUUUCUCACUUUUAAGGUUUCUUAACUUACCUACGUUAACUGAAUAAUGAUGAAUUAGAGUGCCACACAAUUAAAUCUCUUUAAUAGCACUUCGACUACAUGUAAUAGGUUCUAGAGAAUGAAGUUAAACUCUAUUAAUAACGAUAAAUUCUCAAGGAUCAAAAUCAAUAGGACAAUAAGAAGGGCCAUAAGUUUUCAAAAAAAUCUAACAUUAUUCUCAAAGGAUGGUUAUAUAAGCAUUUUUCAUACCCUUACCCAACAAAAGAAUAAACAAUUCAAUUAGCUGAGAAGUGCAAUCUUACAUGCAAAUAGGUAGCCUUUUUAUUUAACAAUUAGAUUUAAAUUUGGUUCAUAAAUGCAAGAGGAAGGAUUGCCAAUAAAACUUAUGAAGAAAAGAAAUUUAAAAAUAUUGUUAAAUAUAAAUACUUAUCAAUAAAUAAAGUAUAAGAGAAACCAAGAGAAUGA